AUGGGAGAAUUGACAUACUUCCUUGGUCUACAAGGGAAGCAAACCAAAGACGGUAUAUUCAUUCACCAACCCAAAUACUGCAAUGAUCUACUGAAAAAAUUCAAGAUGUUGGACUGCAAAGAUGUUGCUAUCCUAAUGGCAAUGAAUUGCUACUUGGAUCUAGAUGAGGCUGGAAAAAAUGUUGAUCAUAGAAUGUAUCGAGGUAUGAUUGGAUCACUACUUUAUCUUAUUGCUAGUAGGCCUGACAUCAUGCAUAAUGUUUGUCUUUGUGCUAGAUUUCAAUUUGCUCCUAAAGAAUCAAAUCUUACAGUUGUUAAAAGAAUUUUAAAGUACCUCAAAGGUACUAAAAAUCUUGGACUAUGGUAUCCAAAUGGCACAAAUCUUUUUCUAAAUGGUUACAGUGAUUUUGAUUUUUAA